UGACUUUUCAUCUGACUGGGAUUUUUUCCUAGAUAAUAUAAUUUUUAUAUUAUUUACGCUUACUAAGAAAUGGAGACGUGCAUUAGAGGAUUUUCUUUUAUGCCCGAAAAAAUCGAACCUUCAAAUUUACAGUAUGUAGAUAGUGAAGCAUUGGAGCACACCUGGAAACUCAGCAGGCGGGAGAGAGUUAAACAGCAGGAACAGAAAAUUUGGGAGGAAUUUGUCAAUGAGCAGGAUGUAGUCACUAAGAUCUGUAAAGAUGAUCCUUACCAAUUCAUUGAUCAACUGUCUGAUGAGAAAAUAAAGGAGCUGCUCGAGAUAGAACUGCAAAAGAUGAGGAAAGAAAAAGAAGAGGAAGUUGUUGAGGUUGAGGAGCCAAUCAUUUUGACUGAAAACAAAGAAGAGAAGGAAGAAAUUGAUAACCAUCAUGUGGUGUUCGUAGAAGAGAAACCAAGGGAGGAUGAUGAAAUAUUUCGUAUCUUUAAUGAUCAGAAGGAUGAAGAUGUGUCAGGGCCCGAAGACGAACUACUGAACGACUCUCUGAGUCCGCCGUGCACGGUGCGAGAGAGACACUCGCCGUGCUCGCGGCAACUCAGCCCGGAUAAACUUUCCAGUUCAAAAUCAUCUGAAAAUGUAACAAGCAUGAUCGAGAGCAGCAUCUACUGCGCCAAGGUGCGCGACCUCAGGAUGAAGAUACAGGCGGAGUUGGAAGACAUCAUUACGACAUUAGAACAGCAAGACAUAGUGAACUUGGACCCGGCGGAUCUGCCGAAAAUGAUGAAACGCUCCGUCGAGUUCGCGUCGCGCUUCAACCGCGUUCAUAUGUACCAGCUGCACAGGCAGAUCCAGGACAUAAAGCGUGCGACGGCGCAGGCGCCGCCGCUGGCGCGGCGCACGUACUUCCAGGCGCAGAUGGUGCGCGCCGUCUCGCUGCAUCACAACGCGCUGCAUUCUGUGCAGGUGUUCGCGCGCGCGGUCCCGCAGACGCGGUGCGUGCGCGAGGCGGGCGCGGCGCUGCGCGCGCUGCUGCGGCUGGUGCGCGGCGCCAGCGACGCGUGCGCCGCGCCCGCCCCGCCCGACCCGCUGCCCGCCGCCCGCGGCCUGUUCGACGACGUGAGAUGCUGCUUGCUUGUCUACUAG